GAAUUGCGACUGAAACAGCGUCUGGAUCAAGUCACUGAUGAGUCUCUGGAGGUUACUCGACGCAUGGUGCAGCUAAUGGAAGAGAGUAAAGAUGCUGGAAUUCGGACGCUGGUGAUGCUGGAUGAACAAGGAGAGCAGCUAGAGCGGGUUGAUAAAGGUCUGGAGCAGAUUAAUGAGGAUAUGAGAGAAGCAGAGAAGAAUCUCACUGAUAUGGGGAAAUGUUGUGGACUGUGCUUGUGUGACAGAUUGAUGAACAGCUCUACAUACAAAAAAGUGUGGGGUAAAUCCAAUGAUGAAGUGGUCUCCAGUCAGCCUUCUCAUGUUGCUGAUGAAAGAGAGCGCAUGAUGAUGAGUGGUAGUUACAUCCGAAGAAUAACAAGGGAUCCUCGUGAAGAUGAAAUGGAAGAAAAUUUAAAUCAAGUCGGGAGCAUUCUCGGCAAUCUCCGUAGCAUGGCUCUGGAUGUUGGGAAUGAGAUUGAUAUCCAGAACAAACAAGUGGAGAAAAUCAUGGAGAAGGUUGUAGUGAAUGAAGACCGGAUAAAGGAAGCGAAUACCAAAGCCAAAAAGAUUCUUAAGAACGUCUGA